GAAGAAAAUGCUGGGGGGGGGGGGCGGAAAUGGAAAUGGUAAAAGUGACCAAUAACCUAAAGAAGCGGGACAGGUGAGAGGAUCUGAUGACCCAACGCCAAACUUCAGAAAAGAAAACCGAAGAAUGCCUAGUUCUUCGUGGCAGGAAUGUUCCCCCUUCUCUUCUGCCCCAUCUGAGCUGAUGUGCUGGACGGGGCAGAUCAGGGAGCUUGUGCUUGUGGACAGUUGUGACGUCACAGCAACGCAUUCAUUCAAACCGAGCGACAUUAUGACAUUGACAUUUCUUCUCUUUCAUAAAUAAAAUGCCUGUAGAACAUGUCAGAAACUAAAAAAAAUCAUGAUUUUCAUCAGGGGAGGACUUCGAAGUGACACGCACGCGCUCUCACAGCAACGAUGCAGCUUCAGCACCAAGGACAGCGGCCCCGCCCCUCAGUGCAUGAUGCAGCUGUGUCCUCGCGCUCUCUGGCCGCUGGUUUCUGUUUCACGUGUUCAAGAGUGGGUGAGUAAAGCGCGCGCGCUUGACUAGGGAUUCUACUAAAUAGAAAACCAGUAACGCGCGCGCACAGGCCAUCAUCUGGGACACAUUUCCAUCUCUUUGCGUUGUGACUCGCGCGCGUGUGUUGUAUGUGAACAAACUCUUUGCUUCACCCCCUCCACGCCAUGGGAGCCGCGUUAUCUCCGAGUUCGCAGAAACCCACCCGUGGACCCGAGAGGCAAAACUUAUCAAAUAAGCAGGACGGGCACGAGGACGCGGACAAAGGGGGAAAAAGGAAGACUCAUCCUCUGCUGCUGCACGCGCUCAGCUGGAAGAAACGGCUGAUGGUAGCGAAGACCAGGAGGAGGGGGGCAAAGAAAGUGAAUCCUGUGCACGCGCAUGGCGAGCUACGAGGGCACGCAACAGAUGACGACCCCCUUGGAGCAAAGAAAACGGGACAGAAAAACGGAGACGUUCCGCUUCCUGUCCCCAAGCGCGUGGUAAUGCAGAAGACCCAGAAGGAGAAACUGCUGAAACUGGAUCACAUAUCUCCUCUAAAACUGGAUCAGUUUGAUCCACUUUCAGGUCCUUACCUCUGCUCUCCUCUGCAGGCAUCCACAGGUGAGCUUCUUACCUGUCUGUCAAAUUUUCUGCGUCAUCGCUGUGUCAAGCUGAAAGAGCUGUCGUCCAAUCAGGUCAUCUUGUGGUUUAGAAAGGUGGAUCGUGCGCUGCUGCUUCAGGGCUGGCAGAACCAGUGCUUCAUCAGCCCCACCAGCCUGGUCUUCGUCUACCUGCUCUGCAGGGACGAGGUGGAUGAGGACACUUCAUCAGAGCAGGAGCUCCACGCCACCUUCCUAACCUGUCUGUACCUGGCCUACUCCUACCUGGGCAACGAGAUCUCGUACCCGCUCAAGCCGUUUCUGGUGGAGUCCAGUCGGGACGUCUUCUGGGAGAGAGUCCUGGAGCUCAUCAGGCGUCUGAGCGCAGAUAUGCUGCGCAUCAACGCAGAGCCGCACUUCUUCGCCGAGGUGUUCCAGGACUUGAAGAGGCAGGGGGGAGACUCGAAGACAGUGGGGGGGAGGCUGGAGGGAAAGACGAAUGAAGAAAAAGAUAAAAAGACGACGGAGGAGCAGAAUGAACAGAUUGCAGAAGAUCUGGACCGUUAAAAUAAGAAAUCAAUGAGACUUGAGGUUUGGAUGUGCACAUGCAGCUUCCUGUCACUGUUACCAUAGCAACCACAUGCUCAGCCCUGCAUGCUGAAAAUGGGUCUUCACAUUGUACGAUAGUGUAUGCUGGCAGGUUACUGUGGAAACCAGAAAGGCCGCUUAAAGCACCGCAAGGUCUGCUGUAAAAAUCUCACAAGUGAAAUUCAAUAUGAUUUCUAAAAGUUUCAUUCAUGUCUGGAACAAAUGAGGAAUGAUCCAUCGGAUCAGUAGCCACAGCUCUGCACACGCAUGUACCGCGGAUUACCCCCCCCCUCCCCGCUCCUCCCGCGUGCAUCAUUUAAAUGAACUGUCCAUUCACGGCAAACGCGCUUCGAGCCUCACAUUCACGUCCAGCGUCUUUGUUUUGAUGCUGCUGCUUGACGUUUGUCCAAAGGUGAGUUAACCUGCAGCUAGGCCGCAUGUGGGAGGAGCUUCUGUGAAAAGCUUUUCUCGACCUCAUCAUGGAGAACGUGGAUGAUGAGAGAUCAGGUUUAUUUAGCCGCUGCUCCUCUGUAACCAGUGGGAGGGGCUUAUAGCUGCAGGGGACACUGAUAGAAAGUAUAAAUUCUGAUGUCCCCUCAUUCUCUGACUUCUUAGAAUAUUAUUUUGUUAUUGUUUCUGUUUUCAUGGGGCCUGUGAAAAGAAUCCAGAAAGUAACCAAAGCUGCACAUUUGUGGAUAAAGAAGAAGAAAGCCAGUUGGCCUCUAUGUGGGCCUUCCACUGACAUAGUAAAUGAUCCGACGAAUCACAGACUGUUGAUUAGACAAGCAGCAUUAAGCUGACAAUGUUGCACAAAAUGUUACAUUUUCAUGCAUUCAGUGUUCAAAAAACUCAACUUGUUGUGACAAGAAGAGUUAUGAUUUCUUUGACUAAAAAAUGUUAGAAGUGAUCUUUUGUAGCACCAACCGUGUCCUCCUGACUUUAAUGUUUGAGCAGAAAUAAAUCCAUGUUUCAUGAUUA